AUGGCGGUUGCACUCAGCUUUAAGUGGAUGGUCAUCUUGCACAGCUUUACGUAUUUAACGAAAAUAUUGCUUAAUAAAAGGGUGGCAAUACUGUACUUGUUCACGGUGUCGAUGCUGCGCUAUGGAUGCUGUCUUUUAUUGCCGUUAUUCCCAUACUGUGUCUCCCGUCCGGUUAUCUUUGGUGCAUGGGCCGCCAUCAGGCGGAGAAGGUGGAGCGGAGGGCCGCCAUUGAGGAUGGAAUGCGGACUCAGGGCAUGGCGGAACCUCACGGAGCGACGGGUGGUCGGCUUGGCGCACAGCACCUCAUGGCCCACAAUAGCGGACACCCUCAAGAUAAUGCCACGAACCCGACGCGGCCACGUGAGCAGCAAGAAGGAAUUCAUGGGGAUGCGGUCAGUUCGCCGCGGCGGAGAACUUUGCUUAUCCGCAGGAGUACGCUGCCGUCCAGCAGCAAGACGAAGAGGAGCCGUACGAGGUGUGUUACCAUCCGGCGUGCCAUGGAGGGGCGUGCAUCGCAGUUGGCGACGAGUACGUGGGGUCCAUUCUCGUAGGGGCUGGGAAUGA